AUGUCAGAAAAUAAUACCAAUAAUGGAUUAGAUGAAGAUUUCGAUGAUGAUGACGAAUUGGCUAAAAUUAGAGAACAAAGAAUGAAACAAUUAAAAGAAGAAUCAAAAUUAAAACAAAGCUUUUUAUCAACACAUGGUGAAUUAAAAGAAAUUGAUGAACAAGAUUUUUUAAAAGAAGUUACAGGUACAGAUAAUGUUGUUGUACAUUUUUAUCAUUCAGAUUUUCAAAGAUGUAAAAUUUUGGAUAAAAGUUUAGAAAUAUUAGCAAAAACACAUUUAGGUACAAAAUUUUUAAAAGUUAAUGCAGAGAAAGCUCAAUUCUUUACAGGAAAAUUAGGUAUAAGGAUUUUACCAACAUUAGUUUUCUUUUCAAAUGGUAUUGCAGUUGAUAGAUGUGUUGGUUUUGAAGAAUUUGGUGGUAUCGAUUCAUUUAAAAUUGAACAACUCGCAAUCAGAAUUUCCAAAGCUGGUGUUUUAGAUUUCAAACAUACAACUGGUUUAAAAAUUAUUUCAAAACAAGAUGUUAAGAAUAAUAAAUUUAAAGAAGAUGAUUAA